UUUUGCUCUUGCUCUCCCCCCCCGCAACACCACAUAUAAGUACUGACUCGAAAACCGAUACAAUGGCCAGGAGACCCGCUCGCUGCUACAGGUACUGCAAGAACAAGCCGUACCCCAAGAGCCGCUUCAACCGUGGUGUACCGGAUCCAAAGAUUCGCAUCUUUGAUCUUGGACGCAAGCGUGCCAACGUUGACGAGUUCCCCCUCUGCAUUCACCUCGUCUCCAACGAGUACGAGCAGCUGUCUUCCGAGGCCCUCGAAGCCGCCCGUAUCUGUGCCAACAAGUACCUCGUGAAGAUCGCCGGAAAGGAAGGUUUCCAUCUCCGUGUUCGCGCCCACCCAUACCAUGUGAUCCGUAUCAACAAGAUGUUGUCGUGCGCUGGUGCCGAUAGACUGCAGACCGGUAUGCGUGGUGCUUUCGGGAAGCCCAACGGAACGGUUGCACGUGUGAACAUCGGUCAGAUCAUCUUGUCCGUCCGGACGAGGGAUACUCACCGUGCCACUGCUAUUGAGGCUCUUAGGCGAUCCCAGUACAAGUUCCCCGGCCGCCAAAAGAUCAUCGUCAGCAAGAACUGGGGCUUCACCAACCUCCGCCGCGAAGAGUACGUCGAGAAGCGCCAGCAAGGUCGCGUCAAGGUCGACGGUGCCUACGUCCAGUUUCUCCGCAACAAGGGCAACAUCGAACAGAACAUGCGCCGCUUCCCGGAUGCUUUCGAGGCUGAGGCGUAGGCUUCUCUCGUUGGACGUGAUGACGGAGAUCUGAAGUGCAUUGGGAUGAGUGAGAUACCGGUGACAUGGCGUAUUUUGCCUUUUUCCCUUUUCUUUUCCUUUGAUCGUGGAUGAGGGUUUGAAAGUGAAUUUCUAUGGAAUACCUGUAGAGAAUGACCAAAAUCUGACCUGACAAUGGCAAUGGAACUCAAGUAUGAC